GCCAGCAGGAAACUUAUAAGAUCGACGGAUGGUUUGUAAUCUCAAAGGCUGCGCGCAGAAGAUAUGUCGUGGCCCCCGUCACUGCUGUCAACUAGUCCUGCACCGUCACUGCGGCUUUGAUGCGCAAAGGCAAGCGGUGUUGUCUAUGAGCUCCUGAUCUGGCCAGUCAUGAAGGAGGCUAUCGUCCAUCCGGGCACAAAGGUCGAAAUCGUCGACUCGCCCGUUCCUCUCCCCAAUUCAAACGAAGUGCUGAUCAAAGUGGUCGUGACUGGAACCAAUCCCAAAGACUGGAAGGGCCCAGAAUGGACGGGCGAUUCGUUGAAUCAGGGCGAUGACAUUGCCGGAAUCAUCCACAGCGUCGGAGAGGAGGUAGUGGAAUUCAAACGUGGUGAUCGAGUCGCUGCACUCCACCCAUUGCGCACUCGAGGAGGCAGUUACGCAGAGUUCGCCUUGGCCCCGGCGUACACCACUUUUCAUCUGCCAAAGAAGAUUUCCUUCGAAGAGGCGGCCGCGCUUCCCCUCGCAGCGCUCACGGCGGCCGUCGCCCUCUACGCUCGCCUCAACCUCUCUCCGCCAUGGCUGCCGCGGUCAGACGAUGACAAAAUCCCACUCGUCAUCUACGGCGCAUCAUCCGCCGUCGGCUCGUACGCAGUGCAAUUCGCCCAGCGAAGCAACAUCCACCCACUCAUCCUCACCGCCGGCCGCUCGCGAGAGCACGUCGAGAAAUUCAUCGACCCCUCCAAAGGCGACGUGGUUCUCGACUACCGAGACGGCGAAGAGGCCGUGGCGAACGGCAUCCGCGCUGCUCUGCACGGGAGGCCUCUCGAGCACGUGUUCGACGCCACGACGUCUGAGGAAAGCACUCGCAUCCUCUGCAACGUGAUUGACAUGCAAAAGGGCCUGCUUGUGCUCGUCUUGCCGCAGCAUUUGCAGCCUAUGGAACUGCCUGAGGCGCUUCGACGCGAUUAUAGCAAUGUCAUGGAUGUGCAUUCCGAUCUGCAGGAUUUCGGGCUGGUGUAUUCUCGGCUUUUGGCGAAGGGAUUGGAGGCUGGGUGGUUUGUUCCUCAGCCGCAUGUGGUAAUUCCCGGUGGUUUGAACGGGAUCCAGGAGGCGUUGACGAAGUUGAGGAACGGUGAGGCGAGGGCGGUCAAGUAUGUGUUGCGCAUUGCGGAGACGCCGGGCUUGUCUUCGACGUGAGUUGCGUGUUUAGACUUGCUACUUGGGAGAGAAGGAUAGAUAUGCUACAGAUAGAUAUGCCAUUGUGGAUUUAAUUGGAGUUACUCUGACGAGCACU